GCCCUUGGCUGCGGAGGGGCUCGGUUCGGGCCGGGGAGGGGGCACUCGGCGGGGCGUCAAGGGCCAUGGGGCUGCGGCGCUGGGGCCCAGCCUUGGCGGCGGGCGAGCGGGCGGGCUGCGUGGUGAGCGCCCGCGGCGCGGAGCGGCCCGGGGCCGAGGCCGAGGGCCCGUGGAGCUGCAGCGGGGUGUUGCUGAGUCGGCGCGCGGGGCUAGUGCUGUGCCACGGGGGCAUCGUGGCACCCUUCCUGCGCUCCGGCGUCGCGGCGCUGCAGCCGGGGGCGGGGCCGCCCUUCCUGGGCGCCGACAGCUGCCGCGACGACCUGCGGCUGCAGGUGCAGUGGGGGCCGGGCCGCGGGCCGGGGGCGCCGGCUGGGCAGUGGGGCGAGCUGUGCACGCCUCCUUGCAGCGCCCAGCCGGCGCCCCGCGGCCCGGACCGCGCCCGCCUGCUGUUGCUGGUCUCCUGCCCGGCUUUCCGCGCCAGCUUCGCGUGCCUCUUCGGAGGCGAGGCGGCCGAGCAGUGGCGCUUCGCGGGCGGCGGCCCCGAGCCGCCCGCGCCCCCGCAGGAGCCCGAGGCCGAGGCGGGCGCGUGGGCGGAAGAGGGGCCGCUGCUGGCGGCGCUCGGCUGGUUCGCGCUGCUGAGCGUGGAGGGGCGCGCCGAGGCGGCGGGGGGCCCGCGGCUGGCGGUGGCCGCGGCCGCCUCCCUGCCCAAGGGCGCCCCGCUGCUCGCCUGCGGCUCCCCGUUCGGCGCCUUCUGCCCGGACAUCUUCCUCAACAGCGUGAGCCGCGGCGUGCUCAGCAACGCAGCCGGUCCUCUGCUGCUCACCGAUGCGCGCUGUCUGCCCGGCACCGAGGGCGCCGGCGUCUUCUCGGCCGACGGCGAGCUCGUGGCGCUUGUGGCGGCCCCGCUCUGCUGGCGGGCCCGCGAGUGGGUGGGCCUGAGUCUGCUGUGCGCCGCCGACGCGCUCCUCCGCGCCGCAGCCCACGCGAUGGGCCGCCUGGACCGCCCCGCCGAUGCCCGCCUGCUGGCCGCCCUCCUGCCCCCCGAGGACGGGGAGGCCGUCAUCCCUCUCCCGGAGCAUGGGGCUGCGUGGGUCGCAGCCGUCCUGGUCGAGUGCGGGUCCGUGUGGGGCUCCGGAGUGGCUCUGACCCCGCGCCUUGUGCUCACCUGCCGUCACGUGGCUCCUCGGGAGGCCAAGAGGGUCCUGGUGCGGCCUGCCACCCUCAAGAGUUCUCCGGUCUGGGGGAAAGUGGUGUUUGCUACCCAGGACACAUCUCCAUAUGAUGUAGCGGUGGUGAAGCUGGAGGAAAACCUCAGCGGCAUCCCAUUUCCUGUCCUGGCCAGCCACUUCCAUGAAGGUGAGGAUGUGCAAGUGGUCGGCUUUGGGGCCUUUGGCCAGGCCUGCGGUCCCUCAGUGACCUCGGGGAUCCUGUCUGCUGUGGUGGAGGUGAAUGACGCACCCGUGAUGCUGCAGACGACGUGUGCCGUGCAUGGGGGGUCCAGCGGGGGGCCUCUCUUCACUGGCUCUGGGGAACUGCUUGGGAUUGUCACCAGCAACGCUAGAGACAACAGCACAGGGGCCACGUAUCCUCACCUGAACUUCAGCAUCCCCAUCACUGUGCUAGAGCCAGCCCUGGAUCAGUACAGACGGACUGGGGACCUGCACCGCCUCAGGGAGCUGGACCGGCCCGGCGAGCAGGUCAGGGUGGUGUGGCGGCUGCAGAGGGUCUUGGCCGAGCCGCCUCGGAGCAAGCUCUGACCCCUCUGGGGGGCACUGCCUGUCUCCUGUUGGAUGUUGGGACAUUGAUGAUGGUGGCCCAGUGACCCGGGGCGGCAGCCUGAUGGAAUGAAUGGACGCUGUCUCCAG